AUGGAAGUGGCCCAGUCGCUCGGUACCGAUGAGCAGACGCGUUUGACCCAGCUGAGGUUCGACGCGGCCGUCAAAGUCAUCAAGAGUUUGCCACCGAACGGUUCUUUUCAGCCGUCCAAUGACAUGAUGCUGAAGUUCUACAGUUACUACAAGCAAGCCACGGUGGGCAAGUGCAACAUCGCCCGGCCCGGAUUCUGGGACGCCAUCGGCAAAGCAAAAUGGGACGCGUGGAACUCUCUGGGCGAAAUGAGCAAAGAGGAAGCCAUGGCGGCCUACGUGGACGAAAUGAAGUUGAUUUUGGAGGGCAUGCCCAUGACGGGCGAGGUGGAAGAGCUGCUGCAGAUCCUCGGCCCUUUCUACGAACUGGUGGACGAGAAGAGAAAGAUUACGCAGAUAUCGGAUCUCAGCACAGGCUUCGGCACGUCUCUGAGCAGCGUGUCGUCGAGAAGCGUGGCCAAGAGCAUCGUCAGGACCAUGGAGAUGAACGGAACGCUGGAGGCUCCGCCCGCCAAGUUCGCCACGCCCGAGGAACAGUCUGACGACGACCACGGUGAUGAUGACGCCGAAGCCUCGCGUCGAUUUCAAAAUGGCAAGAUGGCCAACGGACAGGCGCACAUGACAAACGGCGACCACACGCUGGUCAACGGACACCACCUCGGUAAGGAAAGCAUUAGAUCUCGCAAGGACGUGACGGGCGGCGCUCAGCUCGCCAGCGACUCGGACAGCGAGGUCUACUGCGACUCGGUGGAUCAGUUCGGCCAAGACGAGAAUCUGGAGCAAAGUCGCUCCCUGGAGGACUUGGACGAAGAUGAAAAAGAGGAAGAGGAGGAGCCCGCGGAGCACCAGGGAGCGCCGCAGGGCGUCAGGUGCGGCGGCGAGGACGGAGAAGCCGGCGGGAGCGCCUCGCAGCGGUCCCGACUCAACGUGGAUUUUCCCAAUUCCAACAUCGGAGUCAGCAGAGGCUCGAGGGCCCUCGGGCGCGGUCCCGGGGCGUCGAAACCCUCGCACGGCGCCGGCGGAGACGACAACGGCGGCGGGCGGCGCGGCGGAGGCGGCGCGUCCGCGGGAAGCUUGAACGAGCAGAUCGUGGCGGCCUUGGCCCAGCUACAGGACGACAUGCGCAGCGUUCUUCAGAGGCUCCACACGCUGGAGGCGCUCAGCGCCACGCAGGCGAGAUCAGCAGCCAUGUCGCCGGUCCACACGCCCGCCUCUGCCAACAAGAACAAUCUGCGGCCAUCUUGGUGGCCUUUCGACAUUUCUCCCGGCAGUUUGGCCUUUGCCGCCGUGUGGCCCUUCGUAGCGCACUGGCUCAUCGGCCUCUACGUCAACAGGCGGAGAAGGUAUUGA